AUCCCCUAAGAGCUGACUGGGCGUGCUUGCUCCCGGGUUAGGUUGCUGAUUGCGGUGGCGAUGGACGCUUUGGAUCGAGUUGUAAAGCCCAAAACAAAAAGAGCCAAGCGAUUCCUUGAGAAGAGAGAACCGAAGCUCAGUGAAAACACUAAAAAUGCCAUGCUGAUUAAAGGGGGAAAUGCAAAUGCAACGGUGACAGAAGUACUCAAGGACAUGUAUGCACUGAAAAAACCACAUGGCGUUCUGUAUAAAAAGAAAAAUAUUACUAGACCAUUUGAGGAUCAGACAUCACUGGAAUUCUUUUCAAAGAAGUCAGAUUGCUCAUUAUUCCUGUUUGGCUCCCAUAAUAAGAAGCGGCCAAAUAACCUUGUCAUAGGUCGUUUGUAUGACUACCAUGUGCUGGACAUGAUUGAAUUAGGCAUCGAGAAGUUUGUUUCUCUGAAAGACAUUAAGAACAGUAAAUGUCCCGAGGGUACAAAACCCAUGUUGAUAUUUGCUGGUGAUGAUUUCGAUGUGACAGAAGACUAUAGGAGACUAAAGAGUAUUCUUAUUGAUUUCUUCAGGGGCCCCACAGUGUCCAACAUCCGCCUGGCUGGGUUAGAGUAUGUUCUGCACUUCACGGCGCUGGGCGGGAAGAUUUACUUUCGAAGCUACAAGCUGCUGCUGAAGAAGUCUGGCUGUAGGACGCCCCGGAUUGAGCUGGAGGAGAUAGGCCCUGCCCUGGAUCUGGUCCUGAGGCGGACACACCUGGCAUCCGAUGACCUUUAUAAAUUAUCUAUGAAAGUGCCAAAGGCUCUCAAGUCAAAGAAGAAGAAAAACAUCUCCCAUGAUACUUUUGGCACAACUUAUGGAAGGAUUCACAUGCAGAAGCAGGAUCUAAGCAAACUACAGACCAGGAAAAUGAAGGGGUUGAAGAAGCGACCUGCAGAAAAGACAACAGAAGACCUGGAGGAAAAAGCAAAGAAAAUUAAAAAAAAUUGAUGGAACUUAGCCAACAACUACGGUUUUAUCAUAAUCUGUUUACUUAAGAGAAUUAUCAAACUUCAGUCCA